AUGCAAUCAGCUCGGGAGAACGAGGAGCGGAAGAAGCAGGAGAAGGAGCAGCUCCGGCACAUAGAGGAGAUGCAGUGGGUCGUGGAGGGCUUUGAGGCAGAAGUCUUGGCCGAAUCGUCUCAGGAGAAGCGACCCGCCGAGCUCCGGACAGGGCCACCACCCUUGCAGCUGCACCGACGUUCCUACAAGGGCUUCAAUGGCCUUGUGGAGCAGUCCAUGAAGGAUCUGCUAAAGAAGCACGCCGAAAUGAUGACGCAAGCAGAGGAAGUGGAGCAGGCUUCUGCGCUUCGCAAGAUGAAGCAGCAAAGAGUGACCAGAUCGUAG